GCAACCAUCCCUCACCUGUGAUUGAGACGACGAGGAUCCAGCCGCCAGAACCGCUGGUGACGCUGGGCGGUGGACACUACUGGACACUACCUACUGGACAGGCGAGACAGGCACAUGGGGGUGGAGACAAGAGUGGGUGAGUUGGAGUGGGAGUGGAUACGACGUCCAACGCUGCCUCGGGAUUUGUUCUAGUGUUGAGCUAGAAGGUUGGUGGAUACCGAACAGAUGAAUGGAUGCAUCUUCCAAGCCUUUCACAUCCGGAUCUGGUGGGGCAUACUGAGAAAUGCCGGACGCCGUGGUAGUCCCGAGAUUUGGGUCGGUCCCGCAGUCCAGAUGAGGCUCAUGGGCGCGUGUGAGGGAGACGACGAGACGUGAAUAAUGGAGUCAAGAGACCGGAUGGGGUGGCGAGGGGAACCGUUGGGGAGGUUGGGAUGCCAUGUGAUUGUUCUGGAUGUGGUUUGAGACGAGGCAAUGAAAAAACCAAGACCGGCAAUUGCAGACCAAAUUAAUGAAGAGGAAAGGCAGACGGAGAGCCCGAUCACUCCCGUGUCAAGUAUUCGCGGCAACACGAACUGAGGCUGAAAUGUUGAGGCGGCUUGGGAUGUCGUCUCUUUCUUGCCUAGGAUGCGCGACACGAGGCGAACAUGUGUCUAAACAGAGCCGGCGUGGCAAGAUGACGACGUUUUCGGAACGGGGAAAUCCCUUUUGAUCGAAGGCUUCGAUCUUAGCCGAGCUCAGAAUCGGGAUAUUCCCAGGUGGCGAGAUUGAAGGAGAAAUGGACUUUGAUGCAAGUUGGAACGGAUGGUGCGGAGGACAGAUUGUCUCGGUUAGGAUGAACUCCAUUUCUAAUCGUGGACAAUAAGUUGGUCAGAAAUGGGAGAAAUACGGCAGAUGCGGACUGGGAGACGUCAACAGAGAAACAUGUCACCGUAUAUCAGAAUGCUCUCUCCAUUCAGGGGGUGGCGAUUCACGUGUAUUUUUCGGCUAAGUUUUGUUUUGUUUUGUUUUGUUUUGUUCUGCUUUGCACCCGACACGACUUCAGAGCUUCCAGCUGGCUCUGAAGUGAGAUCCCCGAGGCCAAGUUCAUGAGAACUUUUGUUCUGUUCUGUUGAUAUGUCAAUUGUUCGCGCUUAGCAUUCAAGGUGUCCAUUGACAAAAUUUCUGGAGACACCUUGCAAGAACACUUUUUAUCUCCAUCUUUCAAAUCUCUUCAGAUGAUUGUCGUAUACAUGAUCAUAGGAAGACAAUUUUAGUGAGAUAUUAGCGCAAUCAAAGUCAAGGGCGGAAGAGCGAACACUCUUUUAUCAACAUGGCACAUGACCUCACUCUCGCUAGGUCAUGUUUACAAGGUCCCAACCGGUGAUGUCAACAACCAUCGCCGCUUUCCCCAUGACUUUCUAGCCUCGCGAUCUUGCAAUCUUGCAACCACUACACGACUCAAAGUGAUCUGUCUUUCGUUGACGCUCCCCUCAGCUCCCCAAACAUUGUCGAGAUUGUUCUUUCCAACUCUCCCGACUCCCGCGAGAUGACUCGACUGUUCGAUGGCAUCGACGAUGUGUCCGCGCGACUGAUAGUUCAACUUCAGCUGGAAGAUAGUGAGAAGAUCACGUCUUCAAUUCUCAGUGCCCAGCCAGGAAAGCGCAUUGAGACUGAGCAUCAACCAGGCUUGAUGGCGGUGCUUCUCUUCGAGGAAGACAUGCAGCGGAACGCCUCUGUCCUCCAAGAUCGUCGUUUGGCAAUCGCUCUGGCUGGUAACGUUGCUCCACGUACCAACAUCCGCCGUACCGCCACUCCAGUCGAAGUUGGUCGUCGCACAAAUGCGCCAGCUGGCGAGCAGGCUCAGCGUUCCACAACCAGCCGUACCGCUGCCACAGCACCAGUCAUACAUCCUACAAGUGGAAAGGCCAAUGAACAAACAAAUGCGGCUGCUCUCGUCCCGCCCCCAACCACGGUAGCAGUCGUCCCCGUGCCUCCACCAGCUCCUCGAUUUCCCUGCGUAGUCUGCGAAGAUAAGUUCGUGUCGAAGGAUCUCGUAGCCCUCCCUUGCAAAGAUAAAUACUGCUUUGACUGUCUGGUCGAGUUGUUCACCCACUCCUUCCGUGACGAAGAAUUAUAUCCCCCUCGAUGCUGCAAGAAACCCAUCGCUCUAGCAUUACUUGGCGUCCGCUUGACCCCCGAGAUUGAGAGUACCUUCCGAGCAAAGGGUGUUGAGUAUGGAACUGCCAAUAGAGUCUACUGUUCCGGUCGUGGAUGUCAAACUUUUCUGUCCCCAGACAUGAUGGUUGGUACCAAUGAAGCACGCUGCUCCACCUGUCAAGCCACAACCUGCACCUUAUGCAAGAAUGCUUCUCAUAAAGGAGACUGCCCUGAAGAUGAAGCUGGAAAGAAGCUUUUAUUGUUGGCACAGCGAGCUGGAUGGAUUCGAUGCCCUGGCUGUCGCAGAAUGGUAGAGUUGACACAUGGCUGUUUCCACAUGUCGUGUAUUUGCAAGAUGCAGUUCUGCUACCGCUGCGGUGCUCACCCCUGGAAGAAAUGUCGAUGCCCUCAGUGGGACCAAGACCGUCUCUACAUCCGUGCUAACGAAGCUGUCCUGGCUCGUAAUCGUGCAAAUGGUGUAGCUGGACCUGCUGCGUUGAGAGAUGUCAUUGAAAUGGCUGAUCAGUUGCACGCCAAUCUCAAUUGUGAGCACUUUUGGUUCGAAAGCUUAAGUGGACGCAACCAGUGUCAUAUGUGCAACCAUGUCUUGCCUGAGUUCAUCUACCGAUGCACUCGGUGCGAGAUUCUACUUUGUAGACAGUGCCGAAGAAACCGUCUCUAAGUUCUGAGGGUUGGGGAUUGGCUUCAGCCAUGUCAGAAUUUCACGAGAUCUGCAAGCUUACAUACAGUAAGGCAUGGUAUCCAUGGAUUCUGGGGCAGACAUUCACUUCGGUGUUUCCCUUUCGCUACUGGUUCUUUCGUUAUUGGCACCUUGAUAACUGCUCAUCAUUUCCAUGGACGAAUUGAGGAUUCGAGUCAACUCGAAUUUCGAAAAACCAUGAUUCUUGGCUGAAGAGUCACAUUUUCCCUUCCCACUGGUACGGCUAUGCGGUGGCACAGUUAUUCUCGAAGCUUCUUUCAAAGUCUAUAUUUUCCCUCCUAACUGUCAG